UCAACAAAAUUACAAAGUCGAUCGAUGAUCUCAUUGGUCUUACCGAAUCAGGAGCGAACCAGCUUCCACAACGUUUGGGGAGUAAACGAUAAGCUAAGGGAGAGGUUCAGGCACUCAGUACUCUUCCGUUGAGCCAUGGCAUCCCCCUGCUCCUUCUCCUUCCCAAAUUCUUCUUCCUUUGUCAUGGCACGUUCCCUUUCUCAACCCCUCGCACCAUCAAUGCCUCUCAUUUCUAUACCUUCAACAACAAGAACUAGAAGCACCUUGAGGCAUCUCGUUUGUGCUUGCCAUGGCCAGAAGAACGCAUUGGAAUAUAGGAAGCUUGGUGACUCUGACCUCAACAUCAGUGAAAUCACUCUUGGAACUAUGACGUUUGGGGAGCAGAACACAGAGAAAGAAUCUCAUGGCAUUCUCAGUUAUGCAUUUGAGAAUGGCAUUAAUGCUUUGGAUACUGCUGAGGCGUAUCCAAUUCCAAUGAAGAAAGAGACACAGGGAAGAACUGAUCUGUAUAUUGCUAGCUGGCUGAAGUCUCAAUCUCGUGACAAGAUUAUUUUAGCAACAAAAGUAUGUGGUUAUUCCGAGAGGUCAAGUUACCUACGGGACAAUGCAAAAGUUUUGCGGGUAGAUGCUGCAAAUAUAAAGGAAAGUGUAGAGAAAAGUCUUAAGCGCCUUGGCACUGAUUAUAUUGAUCUGUUACAAAUUCACUGGCCAGAUCGCUAUGUUCCACUGUUUGGUGCUUAUUCCUAUGAUCCUUCACAAUGGAGGCCGAGUGUCCCGUUUGUUGAACAGUUGCAAGCUUUUCAAGAACUUAUCAAUGAAGGAAAGGUACGCUACAUAGGUGUAUCUAACGAGACUUCUUAUGGAGUGAUGGAGUUUGUACAUGCAGCUAAAGUUGAAGGACUUCCCAAGAUUGUUAGUAUUCAAAACAGCUAUAGCUUGCUCGCUAGAUUGCGGUUUGAAAUUGAUCUUGUGGAAGUUUGCCAUCCAAACAACUGUAACAUUGGGUUGCUAUCCUACUCCCCACUUGGAGGUGGAUCACUCACUGGAAAAUAUAUAGAUAUAAAUUCUGAAGCUGCAAAAAAGGGAAGAUUGAACCUCUUCCCUGGCUAUAUGGAAAGAUAUAACAAAUCAAUUGCACGGGAAGCAACUGUACAAUAUCUUGAAUUGGCCAAAAGACAUGCUCUAACUCCUGUUGAGCUUGCCCUUGGAUUCGUAAGAGACCGUCCAUUCAUGACAAGCUCAAUCAUUGGUGCUACCUCUCUGGACCAACUCAAAGAAGACAUUGAUGCUUUCACAAAAACUGAGCGCCCCUUACCAGCAGAAGUUAUGGCUGACAUUGAAGACAUUUUCAAGAGAUACAAAGAUCCUUCCAUUCUGUAAUUCAUGUAUUUAUAAAUCAGUGCUAUUUCUUUGACAUACUAUUCCCCAUUCCUCUCUAAUUUUUGUUGUGAUUAAAAUUGGAUUACGACAAAUCAUGGUGGAUUACAAAGACAUGAUUUAGCACUUUCUUAAGUUUC